GUCCCACGAUCAUGGCACGUCACCAGCUUUUCAGUUCGCUUUUCCUUCUGCUGGCCAUCUGGGCCAUGACUUGUACGGCACAGACUCAACGCCGGCGUACUUUGCGCCUCCGUCCGGUGGCGUUUGCCAGGCAGGAGGUGGCUCCCACUCCCUAUCCAUCGGCUGCGGAGCUAAAACCUGCCGCCGAACAGCCCGCAUUGACCUACGGACCUCCUGAGGAUGUUGAUACUGAUGCCUUGCCAUCGGAUCAGGAGCCACCAGUGGACAAUUUUGAGCCUAACCCUGAGACCGAGGAGGUUGACACCGAGGAGAACUCCCUGGAGGUGACCACACCAUCCUCUGCUCCUGCCCGCUUACGCAGCCGACAGAGAUUGGCCAAGUUGCAAGUGGCUAAGCCCAAGCGUCUGCGCCAACGCAUCGCUCGACUGGAGGAGUUGCCCGUUGAUGAGGCAGUGGCUCCAGUUGUUCCAGUAGCUCAGGCUCCUGCUUUGGCAACACCCCAGUUCUACUAUGUGGGCGCUGGCCAGCAGCCCUACUAUCUUGCCUAUAACGCUGCUCCCCAGCAAUUGGGCUGGUAACCAAUUUCUUGUUUUCCUUUACUUACACAUUGUUCAAUUUGAUUUGUUUUUGUCGUUGAAAAUAUAU